UCUAUAGUAUGGUUGGUCAUUUCGGCAGCGGAGCUGCGGUUGCGGGAUUUCCAUCCAUCGUUCAUAAAGAGUUUGACGGGUCAGGUCGCGACUGUAUCCCGCCUUUAUAGUCAUAACAAGGCGUGUUCUGUAACGGACUCUGAUCUACAUCAACAGCAGCGGGUUAUUCUUUUACUUUCUGUCGCAUUUCCACUCACGCUGAGUGAUGGACAACACGCUGUAACUUGGAGCCGCAGGACACAGACCUACAGGAAGCUGAAGAACCACAAUGGGACCGAAGACUGAAGACUAGUGUAUGUGAGUGGCUGGAAGACCAUCGAGACCAGAGCUCAGCAGAACCGGUUCUGAUGGCAGAAAACGUCCCGUCUGGUCUGUUGGAGGCGUGUGUGGUGCUCGGAGUAUCCAACGACCGUCUGAAAGAACUAGGCCUGCUGCAGGGUAAGGACAAAGAGCCUCUGGUGGAGGCGGAGGUGCUGCAGGUUCACGCGCCGCCGUUUGUGACGAAGGAGAGUUCCAGUAACGGCACUGAACACGACCACGCUCCGGCCUUCAGCAGAGUCCAGCGGAGACGCUCCUUUAAGAAGAAGAGAGACCGACUGGUUUCCACCAUCAGCAAUUCUGGCCAAACCAACGAACCAGCGGUCGCCGCGUCAGACGACCUCAGCGUACCACAGAACAUUGACCUGAUAGCCCUGCCGCAGCUCUGCUUCCCAGAUGGGUUGAGAAUAACCAGUGAGAGCAGAGAAGACGACUAUCAUUUCCUGGUGUUCACGGAUGUGUUUGGGAACCAGACUCAUGGUGUGGUGGCUCAGUACUGCAAACCUGUUCACUUCCAUCCAGAUAAUGGGAUUCAUCAAAACGGCCAUCGGCUGAACAAACUCCAGCGUCUGUUCACCACAUACAGCAUCUGUAUCAUCUCCAAAUAUCCAUAUUAUAACGCCCUCAGAGACUGUCUGUCCAGUUUCUUGCUCCAGCUAAAAAUGUCCCGCAUGUGUGAGUUUGAAGAGCAGGUGAAGGAGUUUUCUGCCAAACUGGCGCUGGUGCCCAUCCCGCCUCCUGGACCGCUGCAUGUGGUGUUCAAUCUCAGACCCUUUCAGAUUGAACUUCCCUCCAGACUGGAUGUGGAUCGGCCCGUCAUGGACCUCGAUCUUCACCUGCCGUUUCUGUGUUUCAGACCCAAACAGAUCCUGCAGAUCAUCAGCAGUAUCCUGAUGGAGCAGAGGGUGGUGUUUCUGUCCACCGACUGGGCCAAACUCACGCUAGUCGCCGAAUGCUUCAUGAUCUUCAUUCACCCGCUGCGCUGGCAGCAUCCGUUCGUACCCGUCCUGUCUCGCCAAAUGCUGGACUUCAUCAUGGCGCCCACCGCCUUCCUGAUGGGCUGCCACACGUCCCACUUCGAGGAGGUCGCAGAGGAGUUGGAUGAUCUGGUUCUUGUAGACAUUGACCAAGGAACAGUGUUGUCUUUGAGUUCAAACAGACUUGAGCUUCCAGAUGUGCCCCUGACAGCCAGAGAUUGUUUUAUAUUUCGAGCUAAAGGACUUCAGCUUCACUAUGAUCUGGAUGUUUGUCGCGUCGGGAGUCGCACUGACAUCAACGAGCUGCGCGCUCUCAGGAGACAGUGGCAGCACAAAGUCAACACCGUCAUCCUCAACGUCACCAUGGAGCUCAUCGUCAACAUCUUCAGUGAAGUUUGUGACUUCCUGAACUAUGAGCAUCGAGUUUUCAACAGCGAGGAGUUCCUCCGGUCCAGAGAGACGACCGAUCACGAGUUCUACAAGAAGGUUUUAGACACUCAUAUAUUCCACUCAUUUCUACGGGACCGCUUGAACAGGAAGAAUGACGCUUUCACUCACAUGCAGCUGAACAUCCGCUCAGAGACUCGCAGGAUGAGAGCCAUGACAGAGUCUCCUCGCAGACCAGCGAUGGAGGAGAUCCGCAAGUACAUCAGACCAGAGAUCGGCCUGAGCAGCAGGCUGGGGGUGAGUAUGCCAAACCUGGCUGACCACCGCCUGCUCACCGUCCCGGUCCGACAGACGUCCAUGAGGACCAUGCCUUUCCACAGCUGUUCCUGGAGUCCCUCAAGGCCAAUCAAAACCUUUAAACUCCCAGAAUUCCCUCCUCCGCUCGCCUACCAAUACGUUCAGAGUUACUACAAUGAUCUCAUCAAAGAGUUGAGCAAAGCCAUCUCCACGGCAACCCCAGAUGACUCCGCCCUCCUGGCCCGUUAUUAUUACUUACGAGGACUGGUGAACUCUGUUGCCGGGAAGCGCGUGGAUGCCCUCGGAGACUUCCAGAGCUUGUAUAAGACAGACAUGGACAUCUUUCCUAACGAGCUGCUGAACGCGCUGGUCGAGUCUCUGCCGGCGGAGGAGAGGAGGAUGGCCGAGCGACGCCCCGAUUUGAAGCGUCUGAUCAGCCGGGUGAAAAGAGAGAAUGAACGGGAGCGGGCGCGACCGAUGGAUGGCGGGACGGUGAAGAGAUUCGAACUGCCCAAGAAACACUUGCACAUGGAGGACUUUGUGCGGCGUGUUCAGGAAUCUGGCGUCGUGAAGGAUCAGGACACCAUCCAGCGGCUGUUUGAGGCACUCACUGUGGGUCAGCAGAAGCAGGUGGAUCCAGAGACCUUCUGCUUCUUCUACAACUUCUGGAAGGAGACCGAAGCGGCGGCUCAGGACGUGGAUCUGCCGGUCGUCGUGCUGGAGCACCUGGAGACGGACGAAUGUGUCUACAAGCUCUCGUCCUCGGUGAAGACCAGCCACGGCGUGGGGAAGAUCGCCAUGACCCAGCGCAGGCUCUUCCUGCUGACGGAGGGCCGGCCGGGAUACGUGGAGAUCACCAAGUUCAGAGAUAUUGAGGACGUGAAGAUAUCAUCCGCUCCUUUCCUUCUGCUGAGGAUCCCGGCGCUGAAGAUCAAAACCUCCCUCAGGAAGGAGACGUUCGAGGCCAAUCUGAAGUCGGAGUGUGACCUUUGGCACCUGAUGAUCAAAGAGAUGUGGGCCGGCAGGAAGAUGGCGGACGAUCAUAAGGACCCUCAGUUCAUGGAGCAGGCCUUGACUAACGCUCUGCUGAUGGAUGCUGUGGUCGGCUGCCUGCAGUCACAGAAAGCCAUCUUCGCUGCUACCAAACUGGCCUACUUCGACAAGAAGAAGCUUGAGGUCCCCAUGAUGGUCCCUAAAACAACAUCUGAGACCCUGAAACACAAGAUCAACCCGUCUCUGGACCAGACGUCACCUCAGGCCGUGGACGUCCUGCUCUACACGCCUGGUCAGCUGGGCGUUUCGGAGCUGGACGGUGGAGGAAACCCAAAGCUGUGGUGCGCUUUGAGCGAUGGGAAGGUGCUGGUGUUCGACGCGGCCAGCUGGUCCAUGCAGCACAACUCUGUUCAAGUGGGAAAGUCCCGUCUGAAUUGCAUGCUGGCAGUGAACCAGCAGCAGCUGUGGAUCGGCUCAACGGAUUCGUUCAUUUACAUCAUAAACCCGCGGAGCGUUUCUUGCAAUAAACAACUGACAGAGCACCGUGGCGAGGUCACCGGACUCACCCUGGAGGAGAGAACUGACAAAUUCAGUCAGACGGUGGCGUACUCGUGCAGUGAAGAUGGCAGUGUGAUCGUGUGGGACGUUACGACGCUGCAGGUCAGACGGCAGUUCAGAGUCUCCUGUGACAGACUGCAGUGCAUCCAGAUCCAUAACGGCAUGCUGUGGUGCUGUGGUCGUGAUUGUCUGCUGGAAGUGCGCAGGAACGGCACGGUUCAUCGUAAGGUGUCUCUUCCAGAUCACCUGCUGAGUUCACCGAGGGGCUUCAGCAGUUUUCUGCUCUUUCACGAGUCGGAGCAGCUGUGGGCGGGUUUUGCAGACGCAGGUGAGCUGUGUGUGUGGCCCUGCAGAGACCUGAACAAACCCUUCAUCAGGAUCCAGCUCAAAGACUGCGCUGGUGUCGUCUGCAUGAUCAGAGUCAAGAACCAGAUCUGGGUGGGCUGCCAGGGGAAGACCCGCGGGAAGAUCUACGUGGUGGACACGGAUCGAUACACGGUGGAGAAGGAGCUGAUGGCACACGACGACAGCGUUCAGACUCUGUGCUCGGCUGAAGAUCGCUACGUGCUCAGCGGAGCCGCGCGGGCCGAUGGCAAAAUCGCCAUCUGGAAAGUUGAGUAGAAACCAGCCGGAACGUAUGAUCCGGUUCAGCCUUACAAAACACAAUUUCUCAAUCAGAUAUGAACAUUUAUAGACAAGUGAAGCAUAUCUUCAAAAAUAAGAGACCAUGCAUGACCAUAAAUGCAUAGAUGCACAGUGUAAAUGAAGAAACGCCGUGCAAACACACACUGCCAGAUGAAAAACAGUGGCCAUUUACAGCCAAAUCAUGCAAAUUCUCACAUUCAUAUAUCAUUUGAGCGUUAAUUUGCUUGUUACAUGAAUAUGAAAUGUAAAUAUGGAAGGGAAGGACACUUCUACACUACAUUUAUUAUGAAUUCUUCAGUGUUAUAUCACUAUUUAUGUAUUUCGUUCAUGUCUGAAUAUGAUUUAUGAUGAAGGAUUUCCUCUGGACUGUUAUUUAAUGAGUUCAAGUCCAAGAACAGCAAACUAAUGGAGAUGAAACGUGCCAGUGUAAAUGUUUAUUAGUGCACAAAGUCUUGUUUUAAGAUGUUUUAACUGCGUUACAGGCCGGUUAGCUUCACUGCGCACUCGCUUUAUGAAGUGCAUGUAUUUUAUACAUGUGAAAACACAUUUGUAUGAAUUUGUGAAUUUUUAAAGGGAUAAUUGUUUGAUUACAUGGUCAUAAAUGAAUAAUGAACACCUGGUGGCAUUUUAGAAAUAUGAAAAUACUCUCCAACACUACUUUUCUUAUAAUAAUAGUAGUCCAGGAUGCAUAACUUUUCAGUAAAGGAACAAUAAGGCUCAUUGAAGAGUAAGUUUUCAAUGCCAUAUGACUAUGAAUGAAUAUGACUGAGUUACUGUCUGCAUUCAUAGGUUUCAUAUCAAGAACUUUUGUAAAUAGUUUAUCGUGUAUUAUAUCUAUAUCUAUGCAAAAUCCAUUUUAAUGGCCAUAAUGGUUUUAUAUUGAAACAUUUCACUUCUGCGUUUGUUUAUAAAUGUCAUUUUGAAGA